AGCGGUGCCCUGGAGGUGACAGUGACAAUCAGUCCAUCCUCUCUCCUCCUCCCACCAUCGUCCUCGCUGUCCUGGGCAGCCUCCUCCACCCCUUCACGCCCGUCGUGCUCGUCCCUGGCGCACAUUUCCUCACUGUCCACCAACGUCGAUAGUUCAGGGCUUACCGGUUGCAUUCUCACGCACUUGCUUCCAUCAAUUUGGACUUCCUUUCCUCUUAACCUUCCUUUACCUCGUCUUACUACAGUCAGUUUGUUGCUGCGGAAAGCAGGAGAUUUCUAAGCUUACAAUCCCUUUCUUAGCCAACUCUCUCGACAGUCAUCCCGUCUGUCAGUGUUUUUAUUGCCCUUUUAGACGACACGAAAACAUGUCGCAAGCACCACAAGGAGAUAUUCAAGAGCGCAUCGCCGCCGCGAGACGAGAGGCGGAGAGCUUGAAGGAGCGGAUUCGUGCGAAGAGGGAAUCAUCUGCUGAUACCAGUUUGCGAGCAAUGGCUGCAGAGGUUGAUUCUCUUCCUCGGAUUGUCAUGCGACCUCGUCGAGCACUCCGAGGUCACUUGGCGAAAAUCUACGCCAUGCACUGGGCAACUGACCGUAGACACCUUGUUUCAGCUUCGCAGGAUGGAAAACUGAUCGUUUGGGACGCUUACACUACGAACAAGGUUCACGCGAUUCCACUCCGAUCCAGCUGGGUGAUGACAUGUGCCUACUCACCAUCGGGCAAUUAUGUCGCUUGCGGUGGUCUGGAUAAUAUUUGUUCUGUGUACAACCUCCAUUCAAAAGAGGGCAUGAACGUCAAGGGUGCUCGCGAGCUGAGCGCACAUUCUGGUUAUCUCAGCUGCUGCCGCUUCAUAAACGAUAGACAAAUCGUCACCAGCUCCGGUGACAUGACUUGCAUGCUAUGGGAUAUCGAAGCUGGUGUACGAGUAGUGGAAUUCAGUGACCACACUGGUGAUGUGAUGAGUUUGUCGCUUGGGCCAAACCAGAACGUUUUCGUCUCUGGCGCUUGCGAUGCUACUGCUAAGCUUUGGGAUAUCCGAAGUGGAAAGGCGACGCAAACCUUCACCGGUCAUGAGUCGGAUAUCAACGCCGUCUCUUUCUUCCCUAACGGCGACGCGUUCGCGACUGGUUCUGAUGACGCGUCCUGCCGUCUAUUUGAUAUCCGGGCUGACCGCGAACUGAAUUCCUUCACACAUGAUAAUAUCCUUUGUGGUAUCACCUCUGUUGCCUUUUCAAUUUCAGGUCGUGUCCUCUUUGGUGGUUACGACGAUUGGACGUGCAAUGUAUGGGAUACCCUCAAGGGUGAACGUGUUGGUGUUCUUACUGGUCACGAGAACCGUGUCAGUUGCUUGGGUGUCAGUGCAGAUGGAAUGGCGCUCUGCACUGGUAGCUGGGAUAGCACUCUCAGGGUCUGGGCAUGAUCCUGAUACUUAUAGAUAUCCCGCUAUGUUACCAUAAUACCCUUCAUCAUUCAUUCCCUCUACGCGCUGUCCCCCUCUCUCCGCUUUCUUUGACCUAGGGUAUAUCAUGUUGCCGUCCUCCUUUUUUUCGGACGCGUUUCUAGUCAGUCCUUACAAGCAUCCACUUGUUUACUCGUUUAUGUCUCCUUUCUCGUCCUCUCAAGUUAUGGUCGGAGGCGGCUCCUUUCUCUUUCUCGGUGGUGUUUAUAUUUCUCGUCUUCUUACCUCUCUUUCACGUUUCACGUCUCUGCUCGCUAUUCUGCUUCUUGAUAUCAACGUAACUCGUAGCUAGGAGAUCCAUAACCUAUGUUUAUACAGUAGCGGCUCGAAAUGCAUUCUUGGAUUGUCUUAUUCUCGGU